UUUAAGAGAUAUAUUUUAUGUUCCGUCUCAGUGCGGAACUAUUCUAAGGUGUUUGCUACGGACCUUUAAUAGUUGCACAAUGGCUUCCACGCGAUGUGGUGUGACACCACUGUGAGCUGUGUGCACGUUCGAGUGUGAGACAGACUAGUGUACAUGUUACCUGCAUUUGCGGCAAUUUAUUGCUUUCGACUGAGUUUAAACUUUGCGUUAUACACGUUAGACAGCUAGUGGCUAUUGGCAGCUUGUUGUUAUCUAACUGCUGAGUAAUUCGGGAAACAUUUAAUUAACAGAAUCGGGACAAAAGAAACCUCUGUCGGUGCCAUGGAAGCAGUGGUGGAGGAAACUGCUGAGAAGGGGGCAGAUGUGGCCAUAAAGGGUGAAGCGGCAAUCAAACAGGAAUUCCGUACCACCAAAGAGAAAUUUCACGAGCGUUUAGACUCUGAGUGGCAAAACUCCAAGGGGAACGAGGCCGGCGAAAAUGACUUGGUUGAUGAGACAUCUGUGGUGGAACCUGAUCCUAAAAAGCUCAAGCUGGAGCCUGAUGACAGCAAGAGCACAGGCAAGCCGGAUGGUAAGCGACUUCGAGGUCAGAACAAGUCCAGGCCACACACGAAGCCGACCACCUAUGAAGAGAAUCGACUUUGUCUCUCUGUCAUUCAGAAAAACAAGGAAUGCAUCUAUGGAUCCAAAUGCCACUUUAUUCAUGAUGUUGCGGAGUACAUGGCCUCUAAGCCUGCUGACAUAGGGGAAAGCUGUUACCUCUACGAUACGUUUGGAAAGUGUGGAUUUGGGCUGGCCUGCCGUUUUGCCAAGGCGCACACAACGCCCGACUUCAAGACCAUGGAGAAGGCAGAUCUGGUUAAAGAAAAUGAAGGCCGGACCGUGGUGAAGAACAGUUUGAAUAAAGAUCUCCAGAAUCGCCUCAGGAAGCGUUCGGUGGCCUUCAAAAAGUCAGCCGAGUACCUGAAGACGCUUUCCAGCAGCAAAGAUGAAACUGCUCAGCAAAAGAAUGGUGAUGUUUGCAAAGCGGAAACAUCUUCAGAUCCAAAAGAAAAAAAGCAAGUUUCAGCUGGAGCAGAGGCCAGCCCAGGUGGACAGCCUCCUGUGAAGACUGUGGGCCCACUGACUGAUGCCGAUGUCAUCAAGCUGCGGCCCUGCGAAAAGAAGCAGGUGGACUUCCGUGACAAGCUCUACCUUGCUCCUCUAACAACUUGUGGGAACCUGCCCUUCCGCCGCGUGUGCAAGCGCUUCGGCGUGGACGUCACCUGUGGGGAGAUGGCCAUGUGCACCAACCUGCUGCAAGGCCAGCAGUCAGAGUGGGCCCUCCUGAAGAGGCACGAGAGCGAGGACCUUUUUGGUGUCCAGGUCGAGGGCUGUUUCCCUGACACCAUGACCAGGUGUGCAGAGCUCAUCAACAGCUACACAGACGUCGAUUUUGUGGACAUCAACUCUGGAUGCCCCAUUGAUCUUGUUUAUAAGAAGGGUGGAGGUUGUGGUUUGAUGACACGAACCAGAAAAUUUGAACAGAUUGUCAAAGGAAUGAAUUACGUCCUUGAUGUUCCUUUAACGGUCAAGAUCCGGACUGGCGUUCAGGAAAAGUCUAACGUAGCACAUAAACUCAUCCCAGAGAUGAAGAAUUGGGGUGUCUCCAUGAUCACUCUCCAUGGGAGGUCCAGGGAGCAGCGCUACACAAAGUUAGCAGACUGGGACUAUAUCAACACAUGUGCUAAGCUAGCAAAUCCUGUGCCGCUGUUUGGAAAUGGAGACAUUCUAUCCUAUGAAGAUGCCAUGAAAGCAAGAGAGACCGGUGUUUCAGGCAUCAUGAUAGCAAGGGGUGCUCUGAUCAAGCCCUGGAUAUUUACAGAGAUAAAGGAGAGCAGACACUGGGACAUCUCCUCCACUGAGCGACUCGACAUCCUCAAGGAUUUCACCAACUUUGGCCUGGAGCACUGGGGCUCCGACACUCGAGGUGUGGAGAAAACCCGCACCUUCAUGCUGGAGUGGCUGUCCUUCAUGUGCAGAUAUAUUCCAGUGGGGCUGUUAGAGAGGGUGCCUCAGAAGAUCAAUGAGAGACCUCCAUAUUACAUGGGCAGAAACUACCUGGAAUCACUAAUGGCCAGUCAGAACGUGGGGGACUGGGUGAGGAUAAGUGAAAUGCUGCUUGGACCUGUUCCGAAGAACUUCAACUUUUUACCCAAGCACAAAGCAAAUUCCUACAAGUGAUUUUGCAUGGCAGCUUGAAACAUCCUUUUUUCUUUAUGGCCACCUAACAAGAUCAAGGAGUGAAGAUUUUUUGUGUUAUAAAUUAAACAAGCUGUUAAAAGUCAUUAAAGGUUGCAGUGGAAAAAUGGUUGUUUGUGAACUUGAAAACCAAAAAUAUAGCGGUUUUUACUGCAGGAAAGGUGGCAAGAAAUUCACUAUCUUACCCAUGUAUUUUUUCUGUCUAAUGAUUAUUUUGAAUGUUUGUGUGUAUCCAAACUUUCAAUUGUUAAUGUACAAGAAAUCAAGUCUUCUUAAAUAACUUAAAUCUACUCAAAUGCAGUCUGAGGCACAUCGUGGAGUUGUUCACUUUUAAAAUGCAAAAAGGGCCUGUGAGAGUACAUUUAUUUUUCUUUUUUGGUGCUGGUUUAGGUUAUUUAUGUUUUAAUAUGACAGGAUAUUGUAUUUCACCCCGACAUAUUAAAGUACAUGGAAGGGGAAACAUUAGUUUUCCAUGACGAAAUAUACCAGACUCUGUUUUAAGUAGUAUGUAGCCUCUUUUAAAAAAUGUUUUUAAGGAAAUAUUUGAAAAAUGACUAAACAUUUCACAACACGGUCAGAA